CUCUCUAAUUUUCAUUUUCUUUUGUUAUGAUUUCAUAUGCAUAUCAGCAUAUGUAAGGAUUUAAGGUGCUGAAAAAUUCAAAUCUUUAGAAAAUGUUGCUUACAGUUGUUAAUUUUGACAUUUAUUAUCAAUUGUUUGGUUACCCUUUUGCUUGAUUUCUAUAUUUCUUGUGAUUAUGCAAACUGAGGUAUAGAAUUGAAAACUUAAUGUCAAAUUUUUGUUCUUCGGUUGUAUUUCUUACUUCUAUUAUAAAUAUGCAUGAUUGAUUUUUUUUUUCAUGUGUGGUUUAGUAAGUGGAAAUCAGGUGUAAUUUGUCAAUAGUGUGAAUGUCAGAUUUUAGGUUUUUGGUUGCAAUAUUGAUACAAAAAUCAUGCCUGAUUUUUGUUGCAAAUAAGAGUGAUUAGUUUAGUUUGACGAGAUUAUGAAUGCUUCCCUAUUGGCAAGAUGAAUGUCAAUGAGCAAGUUGAACAAUAGUAUUUGGUUAUAGGAAAGCCCAGAAGAUGGAUUGUUUGGAUUACAUUCAUUUAACAAAUAGAAUGGUGAAUGGGAUUUACAAACAUAGAAAAUAUGGAUGGCCAUAUGGGAUAAAUGGAAUAUCUUGUUUGUUUAUAAAGAAGUGACAUUAUAUUAUGAUGGCCUUGUAUCGAAACAUUGACAUAAUUUUUGGAGGUGUAGGGGAUGAUACUCCAUAGGUUUCUGGAGUGUCUAAAUGAUAGGUGUUGGUGAUUCACUAGGGACUGUAUUGCUUUGGCUUGUCAGUGAUCAGAGUUGUAUCUAUGAGUGGCCAAGUGGGGUAAUGGAUUGCUUUUUAACAAAGUUUUUAGAGGAAGGCAAAAGAGGAUUGUUGAUCUGUUCUGCCUUGAUGAGUGAAUGUUUGGCUCCUCAAGUUUAUGAUGCGUAAUCAGUAGUCCAAACUCAGAAGCACAAAAAUGGAAGGAGGUCAAAGUUACAGAUACUAUUGGGGUAAUAGCUGUUGUGUGCUUAUACUUCCUCCGUUUCGUUUUAAAAGCAACAAAUGAAUAUUUUAUAUCUCACAAAUAAUACCCCUUUGUUGCAUUUAAAACGAAACGGAGGAAGUAUAUGAUUUGUUUUGGGGGGGGGGGAUGGAAUAUGUCUUUGUUGGGCUGUGGGCUUAUUAUUUGAGACUUUUUAUGUGGCUUGACAUUGCUGAACACAAGUACAAAUCAACGAAGAUAUGCUCUUUGAGCUUGCUACUUAACAUUUCUCUGUCCAUUGCAAGAGAGCCUCUCAUACGAAUUGGAGAUCAAUGCUCUCAUCGUGGUAUGAAGCAGUUUACUAAGCUUCUAAGUGAGUGGUCAGGGUCAGAAGGAUAUUGCAUCGAAAUUGGUGAUGGAUCCUGGGAUUCCUGGUUUAUGCCUCUUGAGGAUCAGGCGCAAGUUGUUUGUGACAAGGUGAAACAAAUGAAUAAACUCAGUGAUGGCUACAAUAUAGUUGGUUUGUCCCAGGGCAACUUGAUUGGGCGGGGUGUUGUGGAGUUUUGUGAAGGAGGGCCACCGGUUAAGAACUUUAUUUCACUAGGGGGACCUCAUGCUGGCAUUGCGUCAAUUCCUCUUUGUGGUACUGGUAUUUUCUGCGUUCUUGCAGAUGCACUUAUCAAGUCUGAGAUUUACACAGACUACAUUCAGGCUCAUUUGGCUCCUAGUGGUUACCUCAAAAUCCCAAGUAAUAUGGAUGGCUACUUAGAGAAAUGUAGAUUUCUUCCGAAACUUAACAAUGAGAUACCUGAGGAGAGAAACUCAACUUACAAGGAGCGUUUCAGUAGCUUAGAAACUUUGGUCCUCAUUAUGUUUGAGCACGACACGGUUCUGGUACCUAAAGAAACCUCAUGGUUUGGAUACUAUCCAGAUGGUGCUUUUAGUCCUUUGCUAACUCCCCAAGAGACGAAGCUUUACACUGAAGAUUGGAUUGGUUUAAAGACCCUUGAUGUUGCUGGAAGAAUUAAGUUUGUUAGUGUUGCCGGGAAUCAUCUCGGAAUCUCCCACGAAGAUAUGAAAAAAUACAUGGUCCCCUACUUGAAAAGCCAAGAAGAGAAGUUGUACCACUAUAAAAUCAAGGAUACACAAGCAUUUGUUCCAAGGACAAAAAUUACAAAAUCGCGAGUCUCAAUUACGAAGGAUUCAUCCAUAUAUGAUUCAGCCACUGUCGAUCACUAGUUUCUUGGGGAAGCUGGUUGGGAUUUUUCAGGGUCAGUGACUUAAUGUCGUUAUUAUAUCAUGUACCGGGGCUCUUGAAUCAGACUGCAAUAAUAUGCGUUUAAAAUCAAACUUCAAUAUUACAUGAUGAAAAAAGUGUAGAUUAGAAAUUAAUUUGUAGAUGGUUGUUUUCAAGUGGUAUGAAGCCAAUUAUAAUGUAACACAGUAGUAGGCAUAUAUCUUGGUAGAAAGCUGUAUGCUUAUCACUACCUUGGUCAUAGAUUUGUUGUACGUCACAUGUUCGAAUCCCCUUCCCCUUCUUUGUACUGCCUUCGUGGCUCCUAUA